CCGUCUCUUGUUCGCUGGUUUCCUGGUCAGUGCGUCUGAUGCUCGAGUCGGAGUCACGUCUCUGUGGAUAAUCUCAUCGAGCUGUUCUUCUGAAUACAUCGAUAUGAAGGCGCUAACGGGGCUGCUGCUGUUGGUCUUUGGUCACGGUGUGUCCUCAGUGCUUCACUCUCUGCAGUAUUUCUACACGGGGUCGUCUGGACUCACAGCCUUCCCAGAGUUUGUUGCUGUUGGGAUGGUGGAUGGAGUUCAGAUUGGAUACUAUGACAGCAACAUCCAGGGAAUAGUCCUCAAACAGGACUGGAUGGAGCAGUACACCAGAGAUGACCCCGACUACCUGGAGAGGCUAACUGGAAUAGCUCAGGGUGACCAGCAGUGGUUCAAAGUCAACAUUGGGAUUCUGAAGAAGAUCUUUUACCAGAUAGGAGGUAUCCACAUAUAUCAGUUGAUGUAUGGUUGUGAGUGGGAUGAUGAGGAUGAUUCUACUGAUGGUUAUCUCCAGUUUGGUUAUGAUGGAGAGGACGUCAUAUCGUUGGACCUGAAGACCCUGACCUGGGUCGCUCCAGUACCUCAGGCUGUCAGCAUCAAACGGAGAUGGAAUGAGGAUAAAGCUCGAUUACAAUUCAAUAAGUACUUCCUCACCAAGCAGUGUGUUGAUUGGCUGAAGAUGGGCCUGGUCUAUGGGAAGAGCACUCUGCAGAGAACAGAGCGUCCGCGGGUGUCUCUGCUACAGAGGAGCCCCUCCUCCCCAGUGGUGUGCCAUGCUACAGGCUUCUACCCUGACAGGGUGGUGGUGUUCUGGAGGAGAGACGGCCAGGAGCUCCAUGAGCAGGUGGACCCCGGGGAGGUCCUCCCCAACCACGACGGGACCUUCCAGGUCAGCGUGGACCUCAACCUCAAGGCCGUCCCACAGGAGGACUGGGGGAGGUACGAGUGUGUGGUCCAGCUGAAAGGCACCGAGGACAUCUCCACCCCCCUGGACCCCGCCCUCAUCAGGACCAACUCGGAGGAUCAGAGUGGCAUCACCAUCCCCAUCAUCAUUGGGUUCCUUGUUCCCCUCCUCGCUGCUGCUUCUGCUGUUGUUGGAGUCUUUGUGUACCAGAAGAGGAACGGUUCUGACACCAGCUCUGAGAACACUGAGGGGCAGAAUCCGGCUCCUGAGGCCCAACCUCUGACCACAGUUCAAAGUUAAAUCAUGAAGAGGCUUCCUUAACCAGGAUGGAGUGGAUCGCAGUUCACUUAUAAUCCUUACCAACAGGCUUGGGACUUCAGCUAACUAAAGAUGCUAUAUUUGCUAAAUUAAAUAACAUUCAUACUUAAAUUUAUUUUGAUAUCAACCAUUAACCUGUAAGAAUUGUAAAUCAAUAGAUCGCUGUAUUUGUAGGGCGCACUCACACUAGCCCUAAAUCAACGUGCCCAAGUCCGCUUCACACCUGUACCGUGCUCAAGUCUAGAUCGUUUGGCUAGUGUGAGCAUGCCGACCGUACUCAAGUACAGUUCAAAUCCGUGACCCGAGCACACUUCGGAGAGGUGUGCUCGGGUCACGGUACAGAUGCUAAUUGGCCGACAUGCGCACACGCACGGCUACGCAACCAGAGCUGGAUGACGUUUUACUCCAUUGCCGUGUUCCAAUACCCGUACUUCCAUGAGUAUACUUAAAGGAAGUACACUACCUGCACUAU